CUGAAAAUAGCGCCAAUAACCAUCUUGGAACUACAUCACUUCAUCAUUUUGAUGAAGUUUGAACAACGUUAAUCUUUAGUCUUACAAGUUACAAGUAUUAUAUUGUGUGGGAUCUUUAGGUUAUUUUGAAACAAGUGACAGUUAACGGCUCGUCAACAGAUUUAUCAAAGUAAAGGAUUGAAAAAUAUUAAAUUUAUUUUUGUAAGUAAUUAUUUUCGCUAAAAGAACUAAAUAAAUUUCGUCAUCAUGUCAGACCCAAAAUCAAUAAUUGAUCAGCUCGAAGAACUAAAAUUAUGGCAAGAAGCCCAACAACAGAAGCUUUUGCAAGAGCAAGAAGCUCAAAGAGAGCGAUUGUUAUCACAACAACGACGAGACUACGAAGCUUUGGGUCUUUCUUUCAGCUCGGACAAUUUACAAAUUGAGCCAGAGAACUCAGAAGGUCCCAGUCGUAGAGCUUCUUUAGAUUUUCCAAUGGAAGGAGUUUCGUCAAUCAGUGAAAUAGAUGUUGAUGAUGACUCUUCAAUGUCCGAGGUUGAAGUUCUACCGGAGCCUCUUAAAAAAACAGAUGAUGACAAGAAGGAAAAAGAUUCAACCAAGUCAAAUGCAGAUCCUAAACCAAAACGUCCAUUUUUGAGAAGGGGAGCUGGACUAAUAAAGUAUAACAUGAAUUUGUCUGAUUGCAAAUUAAGCAAUUUACCAAAAUAUAAAUUUGCAAAGCCAAUUCAACCAAAGUCAGCAAGAAAAUCUUUAUUCAGAACUCCAGCCCAACCCAGCCAGAACAAAGAUCAGCUAAGACCUAAUCCUGAUGUUCAGCAAGUUUCUGAAACCAAAUGUCACACUGAUAUGCCGUCUUUAACUGAUAAACAAAUUCCUGAACAGUGUUGGGCAAAUGUUCUUAAUAAAGAACCUGUCCAAGAAAAACUUAAUGACAGUUUACUAAAUCCGGAAGAAAAGCAAGAUACAAUGGAUCUACAGAUGUUUGAAUUGUUAGAACAAAAUGCUAACAAUUCCAGUUUUUGUUCUACAAGCAGCCUUGUAACAAAAUUUUUGAGUAAUAAACCACUCAACAUUUAUGAAAAAAAGGACAGUUCUAGUGCUCCUGAUAGUAAUCCUUAUGUUCAAAAACCGCGUGUUAGAUUUGAUGACAAAGUCCAGGUUCAAGAUGAAACAUCCACCACGGAAACAGAAUUACAUUCUUAUGGUGAUUUGAGUAGCAUUACAUCCAGCUGUACUUCCACACCAAACACAAAACAUACAAGCUAUCCAGAAUCGUGCGGUGAUAUGUCAGAAGAUACCACCUUACAAAGUGAAGAUGAUUAUAAUAAAAGGAGUACAACCACAAGUGAAAUCAACAUUGAUGUAAUCCAAAAUCCUGAAACACACAAUCCUGGAAUGAUGAUAUUGCAACAAAAUAAAAUGUUGAAAGAGAGACUUCAAGAACUUGAGAAUGAAAUUGCCCUGUUUCGGAAACGAAAUGUUGAAUUAACACGUAGCAGGGAAGAAUUUGAGCUACAAAAGGAAUCUUUUGAAAUGUAUAAAAGCCAAGUAGAACAAAAUCUAAAGUUAGAUAAACUAGAAUAUGAUAAUUAUAUAACCGACGAAAGAUACAAACUGCUAGAAGAAAAAAAACUGUUUGAUAAAAUGACUUACGAUUUUAAAAGGAAUCCAAAUCGUAAAGAACGAGAAGAAAUUGCUGCACUUAAAGAAAAAAUCAUGGAUUUACAAACGGAAAUACGUUCAAAAGAUGCCAAAUCUGGAGCUUCGACAGCACGGUUGCGGACACAUGUGAAAAAACUUGAGGCUGAGAAUGACAAGCACAUGAAAAGUAUUGAAGAAUUGAAGGAAAAAAAUAAAAAAUUGUUACUAGCUAACAAUAAGUACAGGAAAUCAGCCAAUAAGAAGAUGCUGCAAGAGAUUCAGUCAAAUCUCCCCCAACUCCUAGAAGAGAAUUUGGCAAGUACUGCUUCAGAUGAAAAGGAUAGCCCUGAACAAGGAAUAGGAACUAGUAAAUCUAUAAAAAAAGGAUAUUUUACAGAAAGCAGUUCUGAUGAUGAAGCAACUGAUAUUUUGAAAAAGGAAGUUGUAAUGAUUGAUCAAGAAACAAUGACUGAUUUCGAAUAUAUAGCAACUAAAUCUCAGGAAACCGAUACCUUUGAUGUACAGGCGGCAAGUAAAUCAGAAGGGACUGAUGACUUUGUUGCACGAAAGGUACAUAAAUCUAUAGAGACUGAUUACUUUGACUAUGCAGCAUUCAAGAAAAUGCAAGCCAGUAGAGUUAAAGCCUUAGAACAAGAAAUAGCGAGCACAAGUCAUCCCAAACCUAGAUUGGUAGAAGACUCUUGUAAAUAUCCCAGUGAGUUUAUGAGAGCAGGCCCAUCUUCUACAGAUACACGAAAUCCACUAAGCAUUUCUAAUGUACCACCCAAGCUCGAUUAUUGUUAUAAGUCAGAUCUUGAGUUGAUGGAAAGGAUUGAGCGACAAAUUCCAAACAUUACUAUACACCCUGAAACAGAGUGCCAAGAAAUUAGGCUUCCUGAUGGCAGUACAGAAGUAUGGUUUGCUAACGGGACUGUGAAAAAGACUUCAGCAGAUGGGUUCACUAAAAUAAUAUUUUUUAAUGGAGAUCGUAAGGAUAUUUUACCCACGGGAACUGUAAUAUAUUUUUAUGCAAGCACUCAGGUUAAGCAUACUACCUUUGCUGAUGGCAGUGAACUUUUAGAAGAACCCAGUGGGAGAACCGAAAGACGACGUAUUGACGGUUCCGUCGAAAUUCAUUUUCCGAAUGGGAUUAUUUUAUAUACAAAACCAUCAGAUGAUAGUUACGAAGAAAAAUGGAAAUAUCCUGAUGGCAAUUUAGUGAUCAAGAAGAAAAACGGUGACAAGGAGAUGUACUUGGCUAAUGGACAGCGGGAAUUUCAUACCAUGGGCCAUCGGAGGAGGGAGUUUCCUGAUGGAACUGUGAAGAUUGUUUAUCCUGACGGGACCCGAGAAACGCGAUAUCCCGACGGCAGAGUAAGAAUUAAAGAUUUUGAUGGAAAUUUGAUAAGCGAUACUUAUACCACAUGAUAUAAGGUGGGUGAUGAUAAUAUCAUCAUCCAAGUCGUCCUUUUCAUCAUCGACCUCUUCGACGACUUCAGGAUGGGCAGCUGCUUCAAUGGCGGCUGCUUUCGGGUCCUCGCGCAUCUUCCUCAG